UACCCAUUUGGCUCUCAAAACAAUUCAUUCAAUUCAAGAAUUCCCAUCACAUGGAAUUCACAGCAGAUCUUCUAGGCUUUAAACCCUCUCUUCCAUUCUUGGACAUUGAUCCGAAUUUGGAAUCCUUGAACCAAUUCUCAGUUGUAAACCAAACUAUCCUAGAUACUUCAAAUUUGAAUUCAAUCCACAGCUUCGAUGUGCCUUUCUCUAGUGACAACUUCUUUAGUCAUCAAGCUGCAGCUGCAGAAUUCCCUGGCAACUUGGCAGAUAAUUUUCCUGGUAUUUUCCAUCAAAACAACCAUCAUAAUAUUAUGCCAGUUUCUCAUGGUCAGUCCUUUUCCACUCCUGGAAAUGAAAGUGAAUUUCUUGAAAGCAACAAGAGAAAAGCAAUGGAUGUAUCAGAAAGCUCUUCUUUAAACUCAUCUCCACAAGUUUCUGAAAGUGGGAAGGGCAAAAAUAGUUCAAGAAGAGGAAAGAGAGUGCAAGGCAAGGAAGAGGAAGAGAAACCAAAGGAAGUUGUUCAUGUCAGAGCUAGAAGAGGGCAAGCCACUGAUAGCCACAGUUUAGCAGAAAGGGUAAGAAGAGAAAAAAUCAAUGACAGACUAAGAUGCUUGCAAGAUAUUGUCCCAGGCUGCUACAAGACCAUGGGCAUGGCAGUAAUGUUCGAUGAGAUAAUUAAUUAUGUUCAGUCUCUGCAGAAUCAAGUUGAGUUUCUAUCAAUGAAGCUCGCUGCGGCAAGUACAUUUUAUGACUUCAAUGCAGAGACAGACGAAAUAGAAACAAUGCAGAGGGCAAAGGCACAAGAGGCAAAAGAGACGGAGAGUGUGAUGAGAGAAGGAUAUGGAGGAUUGAGUAAUCACUUCCAUCAAACAUGGUCCCUUUGACUCUUUUGAUGUUGCUUCUUAUACAAACACAUGAAGAUGGCCCAUUUACCAAUAUUUUUCAACCUCCAAAUAUUUCAAAAUUUUGUUCCCAUUUCGUGGAUACCCUAGCACAAGUGACAAUAUAUACUUGUACAAUUACUCAAACCAUGCUUGGGAAUUCAAUUUGUAAUUCAUAGAAAUUAAAUCAACCCUUUUCAUCAAUUCUUAUCUUUCUCAA